AUGACAACUGUCUUCAAGUUGGCAGAUAAAGUAGCUGCAUUUAAAGCCCAGCUGGAUCUGUGGGGACGGCGCGUGAACAGAGAGUUUGAGCGCUACUUCCCAACCACAAAAGACCCACGAACUGCCAAGGACUGGAUCCGCCACCCAUUUGUCAACGAACCAGAUGGCACCGUCUCCGAGCAGAGAAACCAGCUCAGGGCUCCCACUGAUUCAGAGUUACGUUCUCUUUCUCUUCCAGAUGCGUUUUUGUGGUAUUACACGUCCACAUGUGUGUUCACCUCCUCUGAGCUUCCUGACAUAGAGUUCAUACGCUCUUAUUAUUUCAAUAAGAUAGAAUUUAUGAGGUUUAACAGCACUGUGGGGAAGCAUGUUGGAUAUGAUGAGUUUGGUAUCCGUAACGCAGAGCGCGCGAACAACGAUCCUGCAUUUCUGGCAGAAGGGAGAGCUCAGAAAGAGAGAUACUGCAAACCUGGUAUAGAGAUAGAUUACCAAGCUGCACUGGAUAAGACAGCUGAGCCCAGUGUGAGACUGACUUCAGUGACGCCCCCUAGUGGCCGACAUCCGGCCAUGCUGAUGUGCAGUGUCUACAACUUCUUCCCCAAAUACAUCAGUGUCACCUGGCUGAGAGACGGACAGCCGGUGACCUCUGACGUCACUUCCACCGAUGAGCUGGCAAAUGGUGAUUGGUACUACCAGAUCCACUCCCACCUGGAGUACACGCCCAGGUCUGGAGAGAAGAUCACCUGCAUGGUGGAACACGCCAGUUUCCCCUCUCCUAAGAAAGUGGACGGAGCUGCUGCCAUGACCGGACUGGUGGCUGUCUGGUGUAACUACUCGGAUUAA